UAGUACCUUGCUUCAACCCCACUUUUUCUCUCUCACUCUUGGCCUACAGUUUCUCUCUCCUGCAUAUCAGACUGCAUAUGCCUUUAUCUGUCUAUAUCUCUCUCUCUAUCUCUCUAAGCAGUUGCUCCUCUCUCUCUUGCUUGCUGCGAGGCCACUGCUUGCUUUUUUUUCUUUUUAGUUACAAGCUGCUAAUUUCUUCAACGCCACUUUAAUAAGAUUGCAGAAGCUGUUAACUGUUAUCUCUAGCUUAAGACUCAAGCAUCGAACUGCCUGAUGCUGUCGCCUGGUCGAGCUCAGCUGAGCUGCUACUGAAAGAUAGCUGGGUCAACUGGCCAUCGCUUUUAUAUCGCCCGCCAGCCGGUCUCAUCAUCAUUGUUGCCAUCACCUGCCGCUAACUGGCCGGGCGCCUGCCCGCAGUAGUAGUCGUCAAGAAACUGAUCGAUCGCUGAGCUCGCUCGUCCCGAGGGCACAACAACGGUUGGGCCGGCGCCGGGGGCAGGAUCGGACGUCGCCGUCUCGGUCCACCCACCGAUCGAUAUGGGGCGCGAGGCGGCGGCGGCGAGGCCCAAGCUGCGGAGGGGCCUCUGGUCGCCGGAGGAGGACGAGAAGCUCUACAACCACAUCAUCCGGUACGGCGUUGGCUGCUGGAGCUCAGUCCCAAAGCUCGCAGGCUUGGAGAGAUGCGGCAAGAGCUGCAGGCUGAGAUGGAUCAACUACCUGAGGCCUGAUCUCAAGAGGGGCAGCUUCUCCCAGCAGGAGGAGGACCUCAUCAUCAACCUCCACAAGAUCCUAGGCAACAGGUGGUCCCAGAUCGCGUCGCAGCUGCCCGGCCGGACGGACAACGAGAUCAAGAACUUCUGGAACUCGUGCAUCAAGAAGAAGCUCCGGCAGAGGGGCAUCGACCCGGCCACCCACAAGCCGCUCGAGGACGACGACGACGCUGCCGCCGCCGCCAACAGCGGGGAGGCGGCACGGGAUGACAGCAAGCAGCUCCCGGCGGCAUCCGACGACCACUGCGGCUUCGCCAUGGGCGGCGCCUGCAGCGACCCUCUCGCGCCGCACUCCCCGACUGUCAGCUUCGACCCACUGUCCGUGACCAACGUCCCGGAAAUGCAGGGCUCUUACGGCGCGGCGCACUCCUUUCGCCCGGACAACCUCUGCGACUACGGCGGUGUGGACGCGGCCUCCGAAGGCGCCGCCGCGUACAGCGCCGCCGCCUACACGGGCGGCGGCGUCGACAGCUCCAGUAACAGCAACGGGACCUGGACCUGCGGCAAUGUGGUCGGCGGCGAGCCGAUGCAGCAAUUGGACAUGUUCGGCGGCCGUGAGGCGUACCACCAGUUCGACCCGGCCAAGUACAGCCUCUGGCAGCAGCACGAGGCGGCGAGGCUCCACGACGGCGUCGGCGGCGCGACGGGCUUCCCGAUCCGGUCGAUGUCGCGGGACCUGCCGGAUUCCUGCUUCGACCUCGCCCGCAGCGGGCUGGAGGACGAGUUCAGCGUCGACUUCCUCUGACACCCACGCCGAGAGGUGUUGCAUUGUUACCCGACACGACAGACACACACAGAUACACACACUUCACUGCUACCUCAUCAUCGGAAGAUCACCCAACAAAAGAUACUCCAGAAAGCAACAUCCUGCCUGGCUGCAUGGCAUGUUCGUUUUUUUUUUCUUUUCAUCUGGUCCUGCUUAUUUGGAUCAAGUUGUUUACUUAACACACGUUGGUAUACUGUGACCAUAAUAAGGGUUAUUAUUAUGUAUACUAUAUGCUCCACCCCAAUUCACGGGGGGCACAAUUAUUAUGGAAUCCAUUAGUAAUAGCUA